AUGACAUCCAACAUCCCAGAGAUCGUCCUGCUUUGCAUGGACAAAAUCUUCCUAACAGCCUUCAAUGAUGCCCUCGAAAAGACCUGGCCAGACCACGAACCAACAAAACUAAAGAUCACCCCAAUACACGAGCGGCUAAACUCCCUCCCAGAAGGAACAACCUUCGACCUAAUCGUCUCACCAGCAAACUCCUACGCCCGUCUCGACGGAGCCUUCGACCACGCCAUCUCAAUGACCUUCAGUCCACGUCAAGAUUACCAUGCUCUGACGCGCACAGCGCAAACAGUGCUUUAUGAGAAAUGGCGUGGGUUUGCGCCCCCGGGCUCGUGCACGCUUGUCGAGUUCCCAGAUGGCCUAAAGCAGAAUAAAUACGGCUGCCGAUGGGUGGCUAUUUGUCCGACGAUGCGUGAGCCUGGGGAUGUCCGCUGGGACAAGGAGGUUGUCUAUGAAUGCGUUUGGAGCUUGUUGUGUCAGGUCGAGGGACAUAAUCGUGCUGCACAGGGAGAGGGGAGGAUUGAGAAGAUUCUCAUGACGCCAUUAGCUGUUGGGGUUGGGAAAGUUAGCAAGGAGCGCUGGGCGGUGCAGACGGUGCUUGCAUUGAGGCAGUUCGUUGAUGCUGUUGAGAGGCCUGCGAGGUGGAGUAAUUUGGAGUGGAAGGAUAUUGAGAAAGAUUCUCAUGAGAUUGUGAGAACUUGGGCACUAUGA